UGCCUGCUUUACCGAGGGACUGGGAAGUCUCGGGGGGAGGAUGGUUUCUGUGAUGUGCUGCUCUGUAUCCAAAGGUCUCUGCAUUUCCUCGCAGUCACAGAUGGAGCAGUUACCAUGCAAAGCGUGAAGUGUCUGGAUGGGAAACUUUCUAUGGUGUGUUGAUAAAAAUCUGGUGAGGGUCAAAGUAUAUCUGGCAAAGUUCUUGUUAUUUUUGCUAAUUCUGUCAUUUUAGAAUCUUUUGUACAAUAGUAUGUACUAUUCAUUCAGUACCUAUGUGUUGCUGGAGGACCAUCAGUGAUUGUCCUUGAUCCCAUCUCCCACCUGGUUCCAUCUGUUCAUCUUGUUCAACCUCUGUCCAGUCUCCUCACAACACCCAACUCCGCUUCAGUGAUAUACAUCAACCAUCUGGGUCAUCCUCAGUCCGCCUUGUAUCCCACCUCCUCAAUAUUAUAUAUCAACAAACUUUCUUCCAACCCUUGUCUUCAUUGUGAAGUGUUCUUUUGUCCCUUUGGCCUCGCUGAUCAUUUCCAGAAUCAGUUAUUGUUAGCUGGAAUGCCGGAGGGUCAUCAGGUCCCAUUUCUGUUGUGCAUUGGUGUGGAGGUGCUAGUUUAUGAACAGUGACGGGCUGACACACUGCAGCAUUUUACUGGCAGCAAAGAGUACUGGGAGAGUUGGUGCUUGGGCUCUAAUCCUGUGAUUGGCUUUCCAGGCAAAUGGAACUGCUGGUGUUUUGGCUUGGACUUUGGUUAGUGCUUCUACAGAUGGGGCUGGAUGGAUGUCCUUCUUCGAGCAGCUGGACAUUGCUUGUGGGGAAAUCCCGGAUUGCACUACCCAGUGAGAGAUGGGAGGACAAUGUGUGAGACUCUCAGGGUCGGUGAGUGGCAGAUUAAGCUGUGUGAGUCUGUGAGGUUGGGUCCUGGGAUAUCAUAGUUUUUCAUCCAGGUAAAAUGGACCUGGGGAUCAAGCUGCUUGGGCUUAUGAGGUGUUGAGUGAGUAUUUCUGGUCUUGGUUCAGAUGUUUGUUUCUGGAGUUCCUUUGGAAGCAAUGACUGCCAAUCUGAGGAGAGGAUAAUUCCCACUUCCAUCCUCAGAGGGAGAGGCUGUGAGUAAAUGAGCUGUUCCGUGUUUACAACAGUAGAUAUAGACCCUGAGUUUGGUGUUCAAACUGUGUUUGGAAAUUCCUCCCCCCCCCCCCCCCCCUCACUGUCACACAGUGGAAAUCAGGCAGCUGUGCUGGAGAUCUACACUAAAAACUGAAAAUAUUUGAAGUCAUUCUGAUGAAAUGUUAUUAAUUGAAUUGUAUUGUAAGCUAUUCCUUACCUGCUGAGUAUUUCUGGUAUUUAUGUCAGAAAUUAAUAUAUUCAUGAUUGCUAAGUACCUUCAGGCUAACAGGAGGAAGACAGGAAUAUGGUGUUGGAAUGAAAAUCAGCCGUGGUUGAGUGGUGGGCAGACCAGAUGGAUCGAAUCACCUAAUUCUCUUCCUGUGUCUUAUGUCUUACCAUGACUGAAUGACGGCUCCUUCUUAUCCCAUAUCGUCUGUGUCAUGUGAGGGACAAUAAAAGAUUGUUCACUGAGAUCAUUAUAUUUACCUUCAAUGUUUAAAUUUCAUUAGACCUGCAGUGAGAGAUUUAUUGGAAGAAAAACCACGACUGAAGUCGAGGGAACAGCAACAAGUGAACCAGCCCGAGGAUUGAGAGCACCGACUGGAGAGAACCCAUCUGACUCGGAGAUUCCAGUGAUUCAGUCAGGAGAAAGUUUGCUGUGCGGACCAACCAUUCAUCUGGGCAGGAAACGUUUACAUGGCUUCAAAACUGUGGCACUUCACAUUGACAAUAGAUAAAAGAAAAUCCCAGCUGCACGUCAACAAAGGGUAUUUGUGUGAGAGUGUUCAGUUACUUUGCGGACAGGCACUCUUGCAGCUCAGUGGGAACAGAGAAUAAUACCAAUGGAGAGAGUCAGACUGAGCCAGGUCACAGAUUGGUGACGGCAGAAAUGCCCGAUUCUUAUAGACACAGGAAGAUCAUCAGAGAGUUUGAUGGUCAUUCCAGAUACCUGCACUGUGCCCAGCUGGAAGAUGACUUCUCUCUCCAACUUGGGUUGAACCUCACUGUAACAGUGUGAUGCCAGAUCAUACCUUGACACCUCAAGUAAUCUCGUCUGACAUAUUGUCCUUCACCCAUUGAUGUACUAUAAAUCUUUUUCAGGUUAAAAACAACAAGGAAAUUAUCUACGGGGAGGUCAAACACAACACGCUGUUUUGUUGUCUAUGUCCAGAUAUUUAAGAAGUGGAACAAGGGAUUUACUCGAUCAUCAUUCCUACUCAGGCUGUGGGAGAGAUUCAUCGAUCAUCUGACCAACUGACAUGCUGUCAAUUUACACGGGGGGAAUCCAUUUAUCUGCUCAGUCAUCCACUCUAAUGGCUCACCAGCGAGUUCACACCGGGGUGUGGCCAUUCACCUGCUCAGACUGUGGGAAGGGAUUCACGUUGUCAGCUCACCUACUGAGUCAUCAGUCAGUUCACACGGGUGAGAGGCCAUUCACCUGCUCUGACUGUGGGAAAGGAUUCACUCAGUCAUCCCACCUGCGAGCACAUCAGCGAGUUCACACUGGUGAGAAGCCGUUCACCUGCUCGGACUGUGGGAAGGGAUUCACUCAGUCAUCCCACCUGCGAGCUCAUCAGCGAGUUCACACUGGGGAGAAGCCGUUCACCUGCUUAGACUGUGGGAAGGGAUUUGCGUUGUCAUCUCACCUACUGAGACAUCAGUUAGUACACACUGGUGAGAGGCCGUUCACCUGCUCAGAAUGUGGGAAAAGAUUCACUUUGUCAUCUCAACUUAAGGUACAUCAGCGAGUUCACACUGGGGAGAGGCCAUUCACCUGCUCAGACUAUGGAAAAGGAUUCACUCAGUCAUCCCACCUGCGAGCACACUACUCAGUUCACACCGGGGAGACUCUAGACACCUGCUCGGACUUUGGGAAGAGAUUCUCUCAGUCAAAUCAACCAAAUGUGCAUCAUUGAGUUCACACUGGAGAGACCGUUCACUGGAUGUGUGUCCAUCACCGUUGCUGAAUGCAAUUUCGAGACUGACUGUCGGUGGUGAACUCUGCAAUCAUUGCUGCUGCUCACCACACCCAGUUCUGCACCCUGGUCACUGGGCAUGGGAGGAGUUUCUUCUGCUGCACAUUCACCUUUAAUAGGACUGGAGUUUAAUAUUCUGCAUCUGUGACAAAUAAAUCAGUUCUAUUUUAAACUCUGUCUUUG